CUGUAUGGGGAAACUUUGUCAAUAUGAGGUCUCUUCAAGAAAAUGGGGAUCAGAAGGUGGAAAGUAAAAUAGAGGAGGCUGUUGCACCUCUACGGGAGAAAAUCAAAGAUCUAGAAAAAAGCUUCACCCAGAAAUACCCUCCAGUGAAAUUUUUAUCAGAAAAGGAUCGUAAAAGAAUCCUGGAAAAGAAAUGUGGAGCACUGGAUUGGUCAUGAGAACUUCGAACUGAUAAAUCAUGAUGUCGUUGAGCCCCUGUACAUUGAAGUGGACCAGAUCUAUCAUCUAGCAUCUCCUGCUUCUCCUCCAAAUUACAUGUAUAAUCCUAUAAAAACAUUAAAGACCAACACUAUUGGGACGCUAAACAUGCUGGGGUUAGCUAAACGUGUUGGAGCACGUCUGCUGCUGGCCUCUACGUCAGAGGUGUAUGGAGAUCCUGAAGUUCACCAGCAAAAUGAGGAUUACUGGGGCCAUGUGAAUCCGAUAGGUCCAAGAGCCUGCUAUGAUGAAGGAAAGCGGGUUGCAGAGACCAUGUGCUAUGCAUACAUGAAGCAGGAAGGAGUUGAAGUGAGAGUUGCCAGAAUAUUCAAUACCUUUGGUCCUCGAAUGCAUAUGAACGAUGGUAGAGUUGUCAGUAAUUUUAUCCUGCAAGCUCUCCAGGGAGAACCACUAACAGUCUAUGGACCUGGAACUCAGACAAGAGCUUUCCAGUAUGUCAGUGAUCUUGUGAAUGGGUUGGUGGCGUUGAUGAACAGCAAUGUCAGCAGUCCUGUCAACUUGGGAAACCCAGAAGAGCACACUAUCCUAGAAUUUGCCCAGUUAAUUAAAAAACUUGUUGGCAGUGGGAGUGAAAUCCAGUUUCUCUCAGAAGCACAGGAUGACCCUCAGAAACGAAAACCUGACAUCAGAAAAGCCAAGUUAUUGCUCGGCUGGGAACCUGUGGUCCCGUUGGAAGAAGGUUUGAAUAAAGCAAUUCAUUACUUCCGUAAAGAACUUGAGUAUCAGGCAAACAAUCAGUAUAUUCCCAAGCCAAAACCUGCAAGGAUGAAGAAAGGAAGAACAAGACAUAACUGAAGACUGUUAGUUGGACAGGAAAUUCCCUGCUUGACAUUUGACGGAUGUAAUUUUUUUCUUCUUUUUUUUUUUUUUUGAGAGAGAGACUUUGAAACAGGUAUCAUGAAGAACAAACUGGAAUUUCAUUCUGAAGCUUGCUUUAAAGAAGUGGAUGUGCCUAAAAAUAACAAACAAAUAUUCCCCUUCCCCUGCAAAUCUUGCCUUGCACUUUUUAAAUCUGUCUUUUUAUGUAAAAUAGAGUAGAAGCAUCUUUUAGUAUCUUCAAGUUUUAUAUCUUGCUGUGAGAUCAUUUUGUUGUGACUGUCCUUGACAGUUUUAUUUACUGGUUUCUUUGUGAAGCUGAAGAUAAACACAAAUGGGAUGGAAAAAUGCCAAUUUAUUUAUAAAAUGGGUACUAUAAAAUAUGAGAUGUUCUACUAUGCAUAAGAAAAAAGCUAGUGGUAUUGUCAGGUGAGAGACACUGACAUCUAAGUCUAGAGGAGUUUAAAAGAAUUCUGUAUGAGAGCUUUAUGUAUUCUUUAAAGGAGAGAUUUUUUUCAAAGGUUUAGUUUUAGUUGUACACUUGAAUUUGAGAUAUUUUCAUUGAUUACCAUGGAUAAGGAUAUUUUGAAUCACUACUGUGUUGUGCGUACUCUGGGAAUAAAGUUAAUGUAUUAUUGGUUACAGUGGUUGAAUAUACUAUUUUAAUAAAAUAUUGAAACUUCUGUUUA